AUGCAAAAAAAAACGCCAUUAGAUAGACAAUAGGUUUUUGAGAUGUUUGUCUAACCAAAUUAUGAGUUUGCCUAAUCAGUUCUUCAAAGCCAUCAGUUCUCCUUCUAACAUUUGCCUACUGUCGAGGAAAUUAAUACUAUAUUAAAUUCUGUAGAAAAAGCUUACAAUAGUAAACGAGGAACAUGGACUCCUUGUUAAGAUAAAUUCUUAAAUCUAUUGGUAUUGGGUACAUGCUUGAAAUACAAGGAAAUUCCCAUCGAACUAACUUCAUAUUAAUGGGAAUAAAUCUCAAGGAUGUUUAGAUACCACAAUUGGAAGGCUUGUCGUAAUAGAUGGUUGGAAGAAUGUCAUCAGAAGGUUAGUUGGACACCGGCUGAAGAUUAAGUCUUAAUCUAAUUAUAGCAAUUACAUCCAAAUAAAUGGUGUGAGAUUGCGAUCGAGAUGAUGAGGAUUUGUAAGACACCCUAUGUUCGUUAAGGAAAAUAAUGCAGAGAUCGUUGGGUAAAUAAAUUGGAUCCAAAUAUAGUCACUCUACCAUGGACGAAGGAAGAAGAGUUGAAACUAUUUCGGGAAAUAGAGAAAAGAGGAAAGAGAUGGGCAGAAAUCUCAUUGAAAGUGUUUAAGUUAAAAAGAACAGAAAAUACAAUUAAAAACAGAUAUUAUAAUUUAUUAAAAUAGGAGGAAAAUAAAAUUAAAUUAUGCAGAGUAACUAAAGAUGAAAAGAACGAAAUCUUAGUCAAAUCUAUUAUAUAAUAACUUGAAUAAUCAGUCAAUUGUAAGUUUCCAAUCAAAAAUGAAGAAACAGUAAAUUAAGAAAAUCAAUAAUACAAUUUCUAACUUUUUGAUUACAAUUAAAUAAAGAAGCCCUUCCAAUUAGUUUGCUUUGUAAAAAGAAAGAUUGUUAAAUUAAAUGAAAUAUGA